AAAACCUGAAUAGGGGCGAGCUUCCUCACCUGUCUCACCUUACCUGUUCAAACAAACGGCUCCGUUUGAAACUCUACCCCAACCGAAUUCACCGAAUUCCACCAGGAAACCAACCGCAAAUGAUAGUUAGAAAAUAAAAGGUGGUCUAAACAAAGUAUUUGUUAGGCAUAUCUCCAAGCCAAUUUAGAGACAUGGAGCCAACGUACCGCGGUCUAGGUCGCUGUUCCUGCGCCUUUUGGUUGGCAGUGUCCUUCGACAUAUUCGGGCUGCUUGUUCUUUUGAUCGGUGUUUUUGCGGACAUAUUCUUCUAUGACUUUUUAAUUUACGCCGGGGCCAUCAUCAUCUUCCUCAGCCUCGUCUGGUGGGUGUUCUGGUACACGGGCAACAUCGAGGUCCCCCCGGAGGAGCUGGAGGAUGACGUCGGGCUCUUGAAGAAGGAGCGGGGCAUCGCAGGUGCGGUGAGGCGGUUAUCCAGCCGUCUCACCAACAGUGUCAGGAACUCUCUGCGGCGGAAUGGAGGCCCCCCCCGCGGGGUCGCGAGAAGGGCAGGGACCGGGCUGUCUACGACUCACAUGAGGGAAGCCCCACAGCAACUGAAGCCCCCGCCUGUCGUAUUGACGAUGGGGCCGCUUGAUGAGGACAUGCACACGGUGUCUGCAUCCGUGGACACUGACAUACCUGUUCCGCACACAGCUACAGAGACCUCGGCCAUAUGAUGCGCAAUGCGCACAAGGUCAGCCUAUUAUUUCCAAUCGGUCAUUAAGCCAUUUAGGCUAUAGCCUAGACAUUUAGACUAUAGCCUAGACAUUUUGUUAUUGGAUAGGCCUAACUUUCAUUAAACAUGUGCAUAGAUUAUAGGUUUUUAAGGCCAACUUCAUUCUAGGCUAUUGUUUUUGCUUGAUAAUAGCCCACAACUUUGAUCCACAAUUCAGUAGGCUAUAAUGUUCCUUAAAAUAAAAUUAAAUGACAAUGUGUUUCAGUGAAUGAGGAAAGAAACUGUGAUCUAAUGGAAACGGACGUCCUUUAUCUUUCUGUUAACCAUUAACGUCAUUGAAUGGCAGUGCGCGCCUAAAGAGAAGCCCUGCUCAAACAAUAAAACCGUUUCUGAGAGGGAGAAAUAGAGCUGCUGCUACAUGAAACAAAGAAACCUAGGCUGACCAUGAAUUGUCUAUCUUAGGAGUUAGGACACAUUUUUGACAUCGAUCUAAACUGAUGUAAGCUACAGUAUGACUGUAUAUUGAAACUAUGACAUCAUGAGGUGACCAUAUAUUUUGUCCACCAGAAGUUAGAGGCUUGGCAGCACUGAACCUGAUAAGGACAUUUCACUUGUCCAUCGCACAAUUUUUACAAGUACAUUUCGAUUUUAAUAUUGUCCUAUGGGCUUUUUUCUUUGAAACAUUUCGUUUUUUAAAUCAAAUUAUGCUCCUCAGUGAGGACUUUUUGUUGGUUUUAUGUUCAUUUUGUGAAUACUUUGUGGAUAAUUGAUGCAAUAUUUCAAUAAUACAGAUAUUUUUUCUAGGAAAUAUGUCAGACUUUAAUUUUUAGGGCUAAGUGCUACUGAGAAGGUGCUUGUUGUGAACUUGACCUGGCACCUGUAUUCUACAUCCCCGUCCACAGUGGUGAUAAGCAAUAUAACACAUUAACGACCUUUGUACCCUAUGGAUUUCCCUACCUUUAUUUAUACAGACAUUACUUUUGUAUGUCCAUAUGGCUGCCUCAUCAUGCUUUAUGAUUCCCAAGGUGAAAACAAAACCUUUUACCUGUUUGUAUUUCCAACUGACAAUUCUCAGAUUUUUGCCAAACACAGUAUCUACACAUUGACUAGAAUAACAUAUGAGUGUUACUGUGUGGAAUGACAACACUUUGAUUAUCUACAGUAGGCUAGCUUAGACCUUGACACCUUGUUACUCCACACAAUAAAGUAUGGGAGUGGUGUACUGUACUAUGUUUUUGAGCUUCAGUCAGGGUACUUUUAUCACAUUGACAGUGAUUAUAUGAGGAACUGCAAAGUUUUUUUUAAUGGCUGAGAGGUACUACAGAUGUAGGAUCUUAAUUUGAUCACCUGGUUGCAGGAGAACUUUCCUGGUUUAAGAAGGCUUCUGAAGUUUGAAAUGUCAAACUUGUCCAUUAAUUAUAAUCCACAUAACUAUUCACAUUUCUUGUUGCUGCAGGAUUAUUUUCCUGCUGUAGCAAACUGGCUCAAAUUAAGAUUCUACUUCUGUAGGCUACCCUGCCAAAUUUCAGGUGGCUGAAAUUUUUGACAUUUUACAUAUACUACAUGAUAGACUUUUGUAUGAAGAAAUAAUCGCACAGAUCUCAAAUCAUUAGUCACCAAACAAAUGAUCAAUCGCAAACAAACGCUUUGUCAGUCAGCAACAGUGGCGACCUGCCAUUCAGUGCAUGUGGUGCUUUUAAGCCCCACAUUUUUAGCAAAAGAAAAGCCGUUUUUUGGGGCGGGGGUUGCCUAUUUUGGUAUUAAUGUGUGUCACAUAUCAGUUUGUAAACAAUGUAAAAAAAAUGAAAUAAUAAUAAUCAUUGACUUAAUAAAGCCGCAUACAAACAUGGUCUAUUUUUUGCUCUCUGGAGUAAGGCAGCUCCAAAAUGCAGGUGUUUCAGCCUAGCUCAGUGCUUUCUGUGGUGGUGGGGCAGCCAGCGGAAAAUACGGAGCGUAGGGGUUGGCAGUGUUCUCUAGUUGCGCCUUAAUUUGCUCCGUUUUCUGUCACUCAUGGGGACACUACGUCACAGCCAACUCUAAACCCUUUGGGUGCUGCCAUAGAGUUACAUUAAAAGUGCCCAUCCAAAAAGGCUCAUGGUCAUUGGCCACAGAUAAAAUGUCAAAUCACGUUAUAUCUACAGUAGCUUUGAAUGGACUGAUCAUGUCAACGUCAUACUUUCAAAAUCUUAGCUAGCAGUCAUCAUUAAUCAAGUCGACAAUCUACAGGGAAAUCCUUUUUUAUCCUUGUCAUAUGAAGAUAAAUAAUAGCUAAAAACGUAUCGGUACUCAUCGGACAUUGGACAUAAACACUACACAUCAAGUUGGAAAUCACAAAUUCAACAAUGGUUUGGAAGUGAUUUGGAAGGAAUCAGUGGCUAACUGCAAGCAUUGCAAAGCAAUCACUAGCCUGCUAUUCAGUGGAGUGGCUGUGUGGUCCCAAGUCUGGGUUUAAGGUUCUAUUUUCCAAGCUUAAAAUGAUAAACAUUCAACAUUGGCCAUGCUGUCAAUCCAGCAUGAUUUCUGCCACGCUCAAAACAACUGUUAACUCAGAACUGAGAAAUCUGACUUCAGUGAGUUCAAGACAAGUGGAAACUCUGGGGAAAAACAAAGCUCCGACUAGGAAAAUACGUUUUGAACGAUCAUUCAACUCAGAAUUGUUAGUCGGGAACUCGGACCUCUUUCUAGAGCUACAACCUGAAGAUCCCUGACACGUUCAUGAUUCAACCUUGUUUUUUUCUGAGUUCCCAGUUGUCUUGAUAGCACCAUAAAUCCAAAGAAUGAGAGACUUUAAUGACAAAAUUUGCCCACAAAUGACCCCUGCGCCACCUUCCUGUUCAAGUGAGCACAGCACAACAAGGUGAGUCCAAAAAUGUAUUGUAUGCUGCUGCAUAAAUUAUGUAAUAUGACAGGGAGAUAUGUAUACUGUAGCUAAGACAGUAAUAUUAAGUGUAUGUUGUGUAGUAAGCUGUUAGUAACCCAUGUGCCUCAACCUAAUAAUUUGGUCCAUUUUCCCCUCUUAAUUUCGCCUACUGUUCUGACUUGGUGGUACACAUGUAGCCCAUAACCUGUUUUAGAGAAAUGUAAUCAUUGAAUAUUGGAAGAGCUUUCAUUGUGGUUUAUAUGGCCCCUUUAUUUACCCUAUGGUUCUGACUUGUUGUACAGGGAGUACACUGUAAGAACAGCCCAUGUUCUGAAUUCUGUCACUGUACAUUUCAAAAAUAGUUAUAUUGACUAUGUCUGUCCUAGCUUUCUCAUUAAUGUCUUAAUUGAAAUUACGGAUUGCCUCUUAUCCACUUGUAGUCCCCUUAUGCCAUAGUUUGUACAUCUCAAUUGUCAGUAGAAACCACAUUUGUUUAAGCAAGACAUAUCAGCUAUGUUUUUUUAAAAGGCAGUAAAUGAGGCUCAAUGAAAUGUUUAGCUGCCAGACAAGGCUCAGCUGAUAGCCAGGUGUAGCAGUGGUAAGGUGUUGGGACUGCUGUUUGCACGCCCAAUUAUUCAGUUUUUGAUUUGUUAAAAUUUUUUGAAAUAUCCAAUAAAUGUCGUUCCACUUCA